UUCUUGGAUUUUUUUUUUAUUAUUAUUAUUGUCCGCCAUCACGUUUUCAAUAAUUUCCCUAUUGUUGUUUAAUUCAUUUAUUGACUUUUAUCGAGGUGUUCUCGCGAGAUUUAGUAGAACGAGAGGACGCAUGGCGCUGCGCAUGCUGUGAAUAAAGGACAAACAACCAGUCAUUCUCAUACUUGCAGACUUUUUGAAAAGAUUUCAUUGUCAAACUACAAGUUAUGGAGGACCCUUCAAAAUUUGAGCGAUAUGUGUACAAAAAUGCUUCGGUUUACCAUUAUAUGAAGAUAUCUCUAGUUUUGGAAGAUGGAAACAAAUAUAUUACUGAUGCACAGUUCAAACAAUUGAUCAUCUGUGGACUUAAAGACCUGUACGGAGAGGUUGGAGCUUCUUUUCCAUUUGAUUUGCUUAAGUAUGAUCAGAACAAACUGACCGGGAUACUGAGAGUGUACAACAGCGGGCUAGUGAAAUUGUGGAGUGCAUUAACGUUACUGGGAUCAUAUCAGAAUGAGGCUUGUGCAUUCAGAGUCCUGCAGGUGUCGCCGUUUUUACUAGCAUUGUCUGGGAAUAGCCGUGAGCUGCAGUUUGGAGACCAAUUGACACUGUGAGGUGGGCCUACAAAAAAAUACCUUGGAAAAAAUGACAUUUUUUCUCAGAAGAAUUAUAUUCAGCAGGAAUAUAUACCAUUUUUUCAACUCCGCAUUGACAGUUCCUGCAUCCCUGACAGUAGGGCACAGGUCGCUUUACGUGGGUGAACGGGCCUCGCUAAACAAAACAUUCAGUGCCAGAGAUGUCGCACUUUUUGCUGAGCUGACGGGGGACACAAAUCCUCUCCACCUCGACCCCGAAUAUGCCAAAACAACCUCUUUCGAGUCCCCCAUUAUUCACAGAGCGCUGAUUAAUGGUCUGAUCUCAGCAGUUUUGGGGACCAAGCUGCCCGGCAAAGGCUGCGUGUUUCUCUACCAGGAAAUACGCUUUCCGGCACCCCUCUACAUCGGAGAGGAGGUUGUGGCGGAAGCGGAGGUCAAAAAAAUUAAAAUGUCCUUCGCUUUUAUUUCUGUUUCCUGCUCUGUCAAAGACAAGGUGGUCAUGGAGGGAGAGGUCAUGGUCAUGAUGCCACAAGACGCACAACAAUCAUGAGGAAUCUGAAUGAAUGCUGUUGUUCAGUUUUUUUAUGUGCUCCCAGGAAUUAAAUGGUCUUUCUUGCUUAUUUUUGUUCUCCUGAAAUGUUACACUCAUUCAGAGUUGAAAUAUUCCUUGUUUCCUGUUUUCUGAGAAGCUGUUUGAAUAAAAAAUAGUGUCU